AGCAGGAGACAGGAGCUCCCGUGACGCACGAGCCGAUCACCUCCUAACUUCUGUGUGUUUGUGUGUUUGUGUGUCUGUUCGAGCGCCGCAGAGGAAUCUGCCACCUCCCUGCUGCAGACAUGGACGAGAUGGAGGAAGAGUUGAAGUGCCCCGUGUGCGGCUCCUUUUUCCGGGAGCCCAUCAUCCUGCCCUGCUCCCACAACAUUUGCCAGGCGUGUGCCCGGAACAUCCUGGUGCAGACCCCCGACGCGGAGUCUCCACAGAGCAGCCGAGCCUCCGGGUCCGGCGUCUCCGACUACGACUACCUGGAUCUGGAUAAGAUGAGCCUGUACAGCGAGGCGGACAGCGGCUACGGCUCCUACGGGGGCUUCGUGAGCGCACCCACCACCCCGUGCCAGAAGUCCCCCAACGGGGUGCGGGUUUUCCCCCCGACGGUCCCUCAGCCUCCCCCGCAGCACCACCUGCUGCCCCAGCCGGGCUCCCUGCCCCAGAUCCCCCGCAACUCCUGCAUCACCUGCCCGCAGUGUCACCGCAGCCUCAUCCUGGACGAGCGGGGUCUCCGCGGGUUCCCCAAGAACCGGGUGCUGGAAGGGGUGGUGGACCGGUACCAGCAGAGCAAGGCGGCCGCGCUCAAGUGCCAGCUCUGCGAGAAGAGUCCGAAGGAGGCCAGCGUGAUGUGCGAGCAGUGCGACGUGUUCUACUGCGACCCGUGCCGCCUGCGGUGCCAUCCUCCCCGCGGGCCCCUCGCCAAGCAUCGCCUGGUGCCGCCGGCGCAGGGCCGGAUAAGUCGACGCACGAGUCCCCGCAAGAUCUCCACCUGCACAGAGCACGAGCUGGAGAACCUGAGCAUGUACUGUGUGCAGUGUAAGACGCCGGUGUGUUACCAGUGUCUGGAGGAAGGCAAGCACGGCACACACGAGGUCAAGGCUCUGGGCGCAAUGUGGAAACUGCACAAGGGUCAGCUGUCCCAGGCUCUCACCGGCCUGUCCGACCGAGCCAGUGAGGCCAAGGAGUUCCUGGUCCAGCUGAGAAACAUGGUGCAGCACAUCCAGGAGAACGGCGUGGAGUUCGAGGCGUGCCUGGUGGCUCAGUGCGACGCCCUCAUCGACGCCCUGAACCGACGCAAGGCCCAGCUGCUGUCCCGGGUCAACAAGGAGCACGAGCACAAGCUGAAGGUGGUCCGGGAUCAGAUCUCCCACUGCACGGUGAAGCUGCGUCAGACCACGGGGCUGAUGGAGUACUGUCUGGAGGUCAUCAAGGAGAAUGACCCCAGUGGUUUCCUCCAGAUCUCGGACGCUCUGAUCCGGAGGGUCCACAUGACGGAGAGUCAGUGGGGGAAGGGAACCCUCACCCCGAGGAUGAACAGCGACUUUGACCUCACCCUGGACAGCGGGCCGCUCCUGCAGACGAUCCACCAGCUGGACUUUGUGCAGCUGAAAGUCCCAGCUGCUCCGAUGCUCCAGCUCGAGGAAUGCUGCACGCAGAACAACAGUGCCACGCUGUCAUGGAAGCAGCCGCCGCUCUCCACCAUCACCGUGGACGGAUACAUCCUGGAGCUGGACGACGGGAACGGGGGUCCCUUCAGGGAAGUCUACGUGGGGACGGAGACCAUCUGCACAGUGGACGGGCUUCAUUUCAACAGCAAGUACAAGGCCAGAGUGAAGGCCUUCAACGCCAGCGGAGUGGGACAGUACAGCAAGACCCUGAUCAUGCAGACGUCUGAGACUGGACACUCUCCAUGUGAUAUUCAGUCUCUAGGCACAGUUGCUUGGUUCACCUUUGACCCAGCCUCCGCUCACCCGGACAUCAUCUUCUCCAACGACAACCUGACGGUGUCGUGCAACAGCUACGACGACAGAGUGGUCAUGGGUAACUCCGCCUUCUCGCGCGGCGUGCACUACUGGGAGAUGACCAUCGACCGCUACGACAACCACCCCGACCCGGCCUUCGGGAUCGCUCGGGGGGACGUCUUGAAGGACGUGAUGCUGGGGAAGGACGACAAGGCCUGGGCCAUGUACGUGGACAACAACCGCUCGUGGUUCAUGCACAACAAUUCACACACCAACAGGACGGAUGGCGGCAUCAGUAAAGGAGCUACGAUAGGAAUGCUGCUGGACUUCUCACGCAGGAUCCUCAUCUUCCUCAUCAACGACGAGCAGCAGGGUCCUGUGGCGUUCGAGGGCUUGGAGGGCGUCUACUACCCGGCAAUCAGCCUCAACCGAAACGUCCAGGUCACACUGCACACUGGUCUACCCAUCCCUGAUUUCUACACCCCCGGGGAUGCGGAUCCGAAUGGCUCCGUGUGCUAAAGGCGCCACCCCCCCAUUGUUUACCCAGGGGUCCCUCUGCCAGUCAAUAACUAUAAUUCCAACCUCCUCUUCCUCCUCCUCCUCUUCCUCCUCGCGCCCCCUGACCGACUGACCCCGUGACUCUCUGAAACAGGCCCCAUCCAGCACUGAGCCAUGCCUUUAUCAUGCCUGAACCUUGGACACACGGAUCAUCCGCAGAAUACUGUCACGACGGACGGUGCUGUGCCACCUGUACGUUAUAUUUGAAUAUGAUACAGAUGUAUGAAGAAGGUGAAAAAAAAUCAAACUGAUGGAUCCGGAAUGUUAUAAUUUGUGUACAUUUAUUAUAAAAUGUUGUUAAAGGAGAAAUUUGGGGUUAAAAAAUGCUAAUAUGUUUUGAGAUGAGAACGUUUAUACAACUCUCACAUCUCUACGAUAAAUAAAUACCUGCAGCUAGCAGGCCAGUUACGAUUAGCUUAGCACUAAGAUUGGAAAUAGCUGGACUGACUAUGUUCAAAGUUCAGAAAUGCCUCUACCGCUAAAGUUCACUUAUUCAAACGUAAGGACAGAUACCUUUGGACAGAUCUAGCCAUUUCUACGGUGGCCAGGAGAGCUCCAAUUCAGGAAACGCAUGCAAAUACAAAAGAAACACGUGCAAGUUAGGAAAACGACAACGAAUUUGCAGUGCGUUGAGCUCUCUCGCCCACCGUAUAUAUUUUCAAAUUCCGAAAUUCAUGCUAAGCUAAGCUAAGCCCCUGCCUGCUGUAGCUUCACGUUUAUUUUUACAGCGGUACAAGUGAACGUUUCCUAAAUUGUUGAGCAUCCCCUUUAAAGGGAGGAGGUUUGUUUAUGAUGUCGUACCAAUAACUUUUAGUCCAGUGCAUUUAUUCUACACCCCCCCUUUUCAAAAGCACACACGUACAAACACAGCAUCUUCGGCAAUCGGUCAUCUUCACCAAUCGAUGCUGCAGCCAUUUGAUACCCGGACGAGAGCAAUAGCCCGACUCUCAGCCGCGUCACCGUCGUACGCUCGUCCGUGUAAAUGAGACGCUUUUUCUUUCGUGGCUUAGCUCAUGUGAAUCUGUAUCGUCUGUAAAGAAAAACUAUAAAAAACAUUGGUGUGUAAAACGAUUCUGGAAGCGAGGCCUUCGUCCGGGAGGGAUUCUUUCUGGUUUGAUGUCUCAUGGAAGCCGGACGUUGUGUUCGCUGACGUGAUAAAGAUGAUGACGCUGUUUGACUGAGGUGCUAGAGCAGCGCGUUUCGUUCUUUUUUUUACUUCGGGCGACUGAAUCCUGCUAGUUUUAUAAUAUUGAUAUUGAAAUGAUAUAUUGCGAAGAGGUGUACAGCUCAAUAAGUUAUUGAUGUUUUUUUUUCCGAUGGGAAUUCCCGAUUGUUCCUUUAUUCGAUGUCGAGUUACUACAGAGAGAAUUUUUUUGUCGCUUUAAAAAAAACGUAGUUUGUAAGGUUGUUCUGAUAAUGAACAGGUUUCCAUUGGAACCAGUGUGAGUCCUACAAA